AUGACAGAAGAGGAUUCAGGUAAGAAGAGGAAGAGGAAAAAUGAGGAAAGACCUCAGUGCCAGUUCUUCCUGGUAAAUAAGAAGCGAAACUGUGCCAUGACGAGAAAGAUAGAUCAAAAGUUCUGUGCUGAACAUAUGUCCUUAGAAGACGCCAAUAACCAGAGAAUUCCCUGUCCUCUGGAUAACUCACACUUUGUUUGGAAACACAAACUGGCAAAACACAUCAAGAAAUGCAAAGUCCAAAAAAAAGAAGUCAAUCUAGAUCCGUGGUUUGUUCACGAUAUAAACGGUAAAGUUGAAUCGCAAAAGGAGCGCUCAUUUGACGAAGGAGAACUCAGUCAAUUUUUGCAAGAGUUCUUAUCCUCCUAUGACAAAAUGCAAUUUCCCGAACUUGAGACCAAAGAGUAUACAGAUUCUUCCAUUAUGAUUCAACAACGGUUAGAUUUGCUCACAAACAAGAAGCAUAUCAUACAACAGUCUUCGUUGAUACAACAUCUAGAGAAAAAUGGGUUAUUGGGUCCAAAGUACCGUUAUAUGGAGUUUGGAUGUGGGAGAGCAGAACUAUCAAGAUACAUUGGCCAAUCAGUUUUUGACAAGGACAAAAGCUACCCUAGCUUUACAUUGAUUGACAGAACAAGACCUCGUCUAAAAAUGGACUCCAAAAUCCAGAAGGACUUCCAAGAACUCACCAAGAAUGAACAUAGCAAUGUCGAUUGUCAAAGAAUCAAGAUAGAUAUUAAAGAUUUGGCCCUAUGCAGAUUGGACUCCGUUAAUGACCCUUUUAUCGUAGUUUCGAAGCAUUUGUGUGGGGUAGCAACAGAUCUAACCCUCCAAUGUCUGGAAAAUUAUGAAAAAACCGUCUCAGAUUCCAAACUGGCAGGUUGUUUGAUAGCACUAUGUUGCCGCCAUUGCUGUCACUAUGAUAACCUACUUUCAGGAUCAAAAAAGUUCUUAUCUUCUAACUUCGACAUUUCAGAAAAACAGUUUAACUUUUUGACCAAAAUAUGUUCGUGGGCGACGAACGGAAAAAGGCCAGAAGUAUCAGACCAAGAUGGAAAAGAUCACGUUAGUGGUUAUAGCCUUGCCGAGAGAAAAAUUAUAGGUCUCAAAGCAAGGAGAACAAUCGAUGAAGCAAGAAGGGCAUCAAUCACAAAUUACACCACAUACUUGUUUCAUUACGUGAGUGAAGAAACCAGUUUGGAAAAUACUUGUUUACUACUUUUGAAAAAGAGUUAA